AUGCCAGUGAAGCCGGCGUACGAAUGGGAGCAGACCGAUGACGAGGUGCUGCUGCGCGUUACCAUCAAGGGCUUCAAGAAGGAGGCGAUCGAUGUGUUUCUGUCGGACGUGUGGGUAAAGGUAAACGCGGCGCCGACGUACCUUCUAGCGCUUGACCUCCUGCACCCGAUUGAUGUGGUGCGGUCAACGCACUACGUGGAUCCAGUGGACCGCACAUGUCUACGGCUGCGGCUGCGAAAACAGCAGCCUGGUGUGUGGUCGGACCUCUGCAUCAGCGCUGAGGCGUGUGAUGCCAACGCCCUGCGUGAGCGACGCGCCGCGGCGGCGAAACGGGCAGAGGAGGACUACAACCGACGUCUGCAGGAGCGUGUGGGGAAGCGGGAGGAAGAGAAGCGCCGCAUGACAGAGGAGCAGUGGGAGGUUGAGAAGGCGCAGCGGCGUCUCAUUGAGGGCCGUGUGAAGGAGGAGCGAGAGGCCGCGGAGGCGGAUCUGUACUCGUGGGAAGACGAGCAGAAGCAACAACAGCAUCAAGAAAGACAGCAGCAGCAGCAGCAGCAGCAGCAGCAAACCCCAGCGUCCGGGCAGGCGCCACGGUGCCCUGCUGAUAUCGCCGUGCCACACGUUGCGAAGGCCGACGAGACUGCACCGUCUGUGCGCCAUACGGACACCAUUGUUGUCCCCGUAGAGUUUACACCAAAGCUUGCGACAAUGCCCACGCGUUCACGCGGGGAGGAGGAGUACUACCGACGCAGCCGCUACAAGCCGACGCGCAUCGAGGACAGUCCUAUGUUUUGGAAGGAGCGCGCCGACAAACACUACCAGCACCGCGAGUGGAAGGCCGCGGCAGAUGCGUACACGGAGUCCAUUAAGCGCGAUGGCGCCUUUCUUACUUGUGUGUCGAACCGCGCCGCGUGCUUCAUUCACCUCUUUGAGUACAAGCGCGCCAUAGAGGACUGCACACUGGCCCUGACUAUGCUGUCCAAUACCCCGGCAAGCGAGCUGACACAGGAACGCUACCGCCAUCUCAUGGUGAAGCUGCACAGCCGCCGCGGUGCCGCAUACUGCUGGGGUAACUGCUACGAUCGCGGUGUCGAGGACCUGCGCGUGGCGGCCGCGUACUGCGACCCCAGUGAGGAUGCGGACGUCCUUGCAGACUACAAGCUCGUCGAGGCGUACAUGAAGGAACGCGGGCUGAUUGAGACGAGGGAUCCACUGGCAGCGCAGCUUCAGGAGGCAUCGGCGCUGUAUUACCGCGGCAACUACGCUGGGGCGGCCGCGAUCUACCGUGACAUUCUGCAGACAAACCCGUACGAGGUACGGGCGCACAACAACCUCGGCGCUGUGCUGAUCCAACAGGGGCUGUUUAAGGAGGCACUGGAGGAGACGUCGCACGUGCUGCGCUUCUGUCAGGAGGUUGCAGACGCACUGAGCUGCCCCGGUGCGCUCUCCACAAAUUUGGUUGACAGCGAUGAAGAUGAUGAAGUUUCGGGUGAGGAGGUGGACGAGGUGGUGCGGCAGCGCAAAGCUGCGGUGCGGAAGGUGGGGGAACAGAGCGGACAUGUGUACGCUCUGCUGAAGGCCUGCGUGCGGGGCGCCGCUGCGCACUGUGGGCUGAAGGAGUACCGCAAGGCACUCGCGUUGCUAGAGCAGGCGGUGCGGAUUACGCCGUACGAUGACGACCUGCAGGAUGACUACAACCGUGUGGCGGAGAAGCUGCGACUGGAGACACUCGUAGCGGCGUCCGCAGGGGGACCAUAG